GCUCCCGGAGAUCCUUUCCCGCCUCUCCAUCACGCCUAACUCCAUCGAAGCCAAGGCCAUGAAGAAGACCCUUCAAGACUGCGAGGAGCCGGCGAUCGAGGGAGAGACCAAAUAUUGCGCCACCUCGGUCGAGGCCAUGGUGGAUUUCAGCACGUCUAGCCUUGGGACUCGUGACGUCCAAGCCCUGUCGACGGCGGUCGAUAGGGAGGGUACACCGAAACAAGUUUACAGCAUAUCCAAGGUGCAGAAGCAGCCUUGCUCUAAGGUGGUGAUUUGCCACGGUGAGAACUACGCAUACGCCGUGUUCUACUGCCACAUGAUGAGCUCAGAGGCGUACAAGGUGUCGAUGGUCGGGAAGGAUGGGACCAAAGUGGAGGGUGUGGCUGUAUGCCACACCGACACGGCCGGAUUCAACCCCGAGCACUACGCCUUCAAGGUGCUCAACGUCAAGCCCGGUACGGUGCCCAUCUGCCACUUCCCACCGCAGGGCGAUAUUGUUUGGACUCCCAACAAAUAGAGCAUCUCAUCGUCGGAGAUGAAGGUGCGAUUGCCCUAGAAAGCUUCUACACAAGAUUUCUUUGGCUAGGCUAUCCUAUUGUACAGUUUCCUCUGUCAUGGCGCCUGUCAGAUGUUAUGGUGAUGUAUAUGUAUUCCUGUUUCAUAAAUAAAAGUAGAAUUAUGUUUGUAUGAUGAGGUGAACUUUUCUUGUGUCUUUUAUUGGUGGUGUAUAUGUAUUCCCGAUGUAUAAAUAAAAGCAGAAUUUCCCUUGUAAGUA